UGAGACUCAAAAACCUAAACGUUAAAUACCGCCACUCUCCGCUUACAAACAAUAUUAAGCCGCCCACUCGUAACCGCCGAACGGCCAUUUUCGCUCUUCCGAUCGGCGAUCUACACAGAAAGCCGAGCCGUAACUCUACAAUCUUCUUUCAGGUCACUAAACAAUGGGUGCAGGCGGACGAAUGUCGAGCCCCAAUGGCAAAGAAAAGGACGGCCCGAAACCACUAGAGCGGGCCCUACAUGAAAAACCUCCAUUCACCGUCGGAGAUAUCAAAAAGGUUAUCCCGCCCCACUGCUUUAAGCGAUCUGUUAUCCGUUCAUUCUCUUAUGUGGUUUAUGACCUCACAAUUGCUUCCAUUUUCUAUUACCUCGCCAACAAUUACAUCCCGCUCCUCCCUAACUCGCUCGCGUACGUGGCCUGGCCCGUUUACUGGAUCUUUCAAGGAUGUGUUCUAACCGGGGUUUGGGUCAUAGCCCAUGAAUGUGGUCAUCACGCCUUUAGCGAUUACCAAUGGCUUGAUGAUACUGUUGGCCUUAUUCUACAUUCUGCUCUUCUUGUGCCUUACUUUUCAUGGAAAUAUAGCCACCGCCGCCAUCACUCCAACACGGGCUCAAUUGAGCACGAUGAAGUUUUCGUCCCGAAACUAAAGUCCAGUGUCCGUUCAACUGCUAAAUACCUUAACAACCCACCCGGUCGAAUCCUCACCCUACUAGUCACCCUAACCAUGGGUUGGCCUUUAUAUCUCAUGUUCAACGUUUCGGGCCGGUACUAUGACCGCUUUGCGUGCCACUUUGACCCAAACAGUCCUAUUUACUCUAACCGCGAACGGGCCCAAAUAUUCAUCUCCGAUGCCGGGAUUUUAACCGUUUUCUACAUACUUUUCCGUCUAGCAUCGACAAAAGGGCUCGUAUGGGUGUUAACCAUGUACGGUGGACCGUUACUUGUAGUUAACGGUUUCUUAGUCCUUAUCACAUUCUUGCAACACACCCACCCGUCAUUACCACACUACGACUCAACCGAAUGGGACUGGUUACGCGGGGCUCUAGCCACCGUAGACCGAGACUAUGGGAUCUUAAACAAGGUGUUCCAUAACAUAACCGAUACGCACGUUACACACCAUUUGUUCUCCACCAUGCCACAUUAUCAUGCAAUGGAAGCAACAAAGGCGAUUAAGCCGAUUUUGGGAGAUUAUUAUCAAUUCGACGGGACAUCGAUCUUCAAGGCCAUGUAUAGGGAGACAAAGGAAUGCAUCUAUGUUGAUAAAGAUGAGGAUGUUAAGGAUGGUGUCUAUUGGUACCGUAAUAAGAUCUGAUCUGAUCUGAUAUGAUACAUUCAUGUUUGGUCACUGAUGUCGUUUAAGAUGGACAUGUAACUUAUUUAGUUAAGAUGAAUAAGUGUUGUACUAGAAUAUGGUGUUUGUAGACUCUUGUUUUUAGCUUUUUUUUUUUUUUUUUUUAAUGGGCCAAAGCACUUGAAAUAUAAGCAUAAGGAUGAUAACAAAAGGAGACAAGUAAUGAGAUGGGUGUCUUGGUUACAAGAUCAAGACUAUGUAUGAGAUUAAUUAUAAUAAUUUCUCCCGCGUUGAGCCAGGUGUUGUAUUAGAAGAUGCAUUCGUGCACCCGAAA